AUUUCAGCUAUUUUCAUGACCUUUUGAAAGUUUGGACAACAGUACCUUUCAUCUUACGUCAUUUUUAUCACCUCAGAUUGGAGUAGUCUUGUCGUUCAUUACUGUAGAUCCACAAGUACUUAGGUUACGCCCAGCCUUUUCAGCGACGCGUGUGACGUUGCUGAGCCUCUCUCAACCUUGGGAGUCCUACACUCGUACACCUGCACUUCCACACUCCAGCUUGAUCAUCUUCUUGCACCACCAUCAUUUCGUCUUGUUUUCUUUCUGCUACUCGUACUCAUUUCCACUCUUUCCUGUACUCUGACUCUCCCUCUACACUAAAGCUUGAUGCUUCAGUCUGUAGUUCUCACACCGCUUUCCGACUAACCAGCCAUCAUCACCAUCACCGUUACUCUUGUUUUAGGUCAGACGCUACUGUACGAGUACUGGACUGUGCACCCCAGUCCCAGUCGCUGCGCAGCUAUCACGAAGCUCUGUAGUGGCGCUCUCCUUCAGGCAACAUCACGACCUACAACAACAAUCUCAAGAACGAUGCGAUCACGAAUAGGCACAGCCGUCCUAGUGACGCUGUCGCUGUCGCUGUCGCUGGCGAGCACAAGUUAUGCGGCUCUGAAUUAUAGCUCUAUCGAUAUGAUGCAGGCUCAGCUAUCGUUGAUGGGCGAUCGGCCAGAUAACUGUCCUCCAUGGUAUGCAUCGGCAUCAUUGUCCCCAACUCCCCACAAUUACUCACUCGUUAUAGCUUCAAUUGUCUUCUGCCAGCAUUCGAAUGCGGUCAAUUUUCCGAAUGCAAUAAGUUUAAUGGGAAAUGUUCUUGUCCCCCAGGAUAUGGUGGGGAUGAUUGUUUGCAACCAGGUAUGAAGCUGGUGAUAGCCUUGUAUGCUGUGGGCCUAUGCUGAUUGAAAUAGUUUGUGGUUCCCUAGCAGCUGGAAAGGACCGACCGAUGCGACAGAGUAACCACUGUGCCUGCGAAGAUGGAUGGGGAGGAAUCAAUUGCAAUGUGUGUCAAACCAACAAGGCAUGUAAUACUUUGAUGCCCGAGAACCAAGGUGGAGUCUGCUAUCAGAAUGGAGAAGUGGUCAAGGAGAAUUACCAAAUGUGCGACGUCACAAACAAGAAGAUUCUGGAUAUAUUGGACGGAAAGAAGCCUCAAGUUACAUUUACCUGCAACGCCCCAAAGGAGACUUGCGAUUUCCAGUGUAGGUUGACCCUAGAGGUAUCAUGAGGUAAUGCUAAUGAAACUAGUCUGGGUCGAUGAACAGGAAUCCUUCUACUGCUCCCUCGAUACUUGCAGCUCCAGCGCUCAAUUCGACCUCAACAAAAACAGUACCUCGUACCAAUGCAAAAAUGUUGCUUGUAAAUGUAUUCCCGAUCGAAUGCUCUGUGGUCAAGAUGGCUCAGUGGAUAUCUCCGACUUUUUGACUGAAGAGAUUCGUGGUCCAGCUUCUUUUAAUUGCGACCAAAAAAAUGGUGGAGAGAAUCAAUGUGUUUUCUCGGAACCCGAAAUGAACAAGUUGAUUUCAUCGGUAUUUGGGGAUGAUAGUAUCUUCAUCAACUGCGCUUCCGGAGAGUGUCUUUACGAAACAGAGGUCCCUGGCUUUGAAAGACCAAUUAAGAAGAUCAACACCCCUUUAAUUGCUGGUGUGAUUGCUGGGAGUGGUAUCUUUGUGGUUCUUGUCAUCUUACUUGUCUGGUACCUCUCUCGAAGACAAUUUAGACACGGUCCCAUCAACCUGGACGACUCUGAUGAUGAGAGUGCCAAACUUAUGACCGAUCAUAAACCUGCUUCAUUAUACUGGGAGAAUGUUUCGUAUCAUAUGAACGGGAAGAACAUUUUGAACAGCAUUCAAGGAGUUGCUCACCCUGGCGAGAUUAUGGCCAUCAUGGGAGCUUCUGGAGCAGGAAAAACAAGUUUCCUGGAUAUCUUGGCCAGAAAAAACAAGAGAGGUGUGGUUUCUGGUGAUUUUUACGUCAAUGGAGAAAAAGUCAAUGACACCGAGUACAAGAAUGUCGUUGGUUUCGUUGAUCAGGAAGAUACCAUGUUACCCACACUCACUGUUCACGAAACCAUCAUGACCAGUGCUCUCUUGCGACUUCCUCGUGACAUGACAAGAGUGGCAAAGGAGCAGAGAGUCCAUGAAGUUGAAAAACAACUUGGAAUCUCGGCUAUCAAAGAUUCUUUGAUUGGUUCUGAAGAAGGCAAAGGUCGUGGCAUCUCUGGUGGAGAAAAACGAAGAGUUGGUAUUGCAUGUGAACUUGUCACAAGUCCUAGCAUUUUAUUCCUCGAUGAACCUACCAGUGGUCUCGAUUCUUACAACGCUUUCAACGUCAUUGAGUGUCUUGUCACGUUGGCAAAAACCUACAAGCGAACCGUCAUUUUCACUAUCCAUCAACCAAGAUCAAAUAUCGUAUCUCUCUUCGAUAGGCUACUUCUCUUGGCCAAAGGAAGGGUUGUUUACUCUGGAGAAUUUGCCCAAUGUCAAGAAUAUUUUGAUAACAUCGGAUAUGCCUGCCCACCUGGAUUCAACAUUGCCGAUUAUCUUGUCGAUUUGACCAUGCAUGUUGGUACACCACGUACUCCUGUCGAUGAAGCGAUUCCCGGGUUGAAUGGAAGUAGCGCUCUUAGUGUUGGCCCAAGUAGCACUCGAGCUGUCAAGUCAAUCGCUAGCAUCUCUGGUGGCAGUAUAGAGGAAGGUGCCGGCAGUAGUAUUUCAGAAGUAACAACAAGGCCUAAAAGCAAACGAAAGGAUUCCGUUCGAGCCAAACAAGAAAGAGAGCUAUUCACCCGAAAGAAGAGUGGUAUGGAAACUCCAGCUUCUCAAGGCGAUGAUGCGCCAACAGACGUAAAUGCAAUUCGACUUCAAAGACAACAUGGUCAAGUUCCUCAACAAAUUCUCGAUGACACCGAUAACCUUCUUCCUUCUGCUGGUACUGAUCUGGAUGCCCUCGUCUCUGCUUAUACCAGUUCCGAUGUCGCGAAUAAUAUCCAUGACGAUAUUCACAAUGCCAUCGCAAAUGCUGAAACUGCCAAUGGAGCAAAUGGAAAUGUUAUUGGAGAUGGUAACGUCUAUACUAGUGCCAUGGGUAAAGGUUACGCUCGAGUUGGCCUUUUGAGACAAUUUGUCAUUCUCUCACAGCGAACUUGGAGAAAUCUUUACCGAAAUCCCAUGCUCAUGCUCACGCAUUAUGCUAUUGCGAUCUUGCUCGCCGUACUCUCCGGAUAUUUGUUUUACGGCUUGACUGAUGAUAUCCCUGGUUUCCAGAAUAGACUUGGAUUGUUCUUCUUCGUCCUUGCACUUUUCGGAUUCAGUACUUUGACAAGUUUGACUGUUUUUGCUGCCGAGCGACUAUUGUUCGUCAGAGAAAGAGCCAAUGGAUACUAUCAUCCUAUUACAUAUUUCGCUGCCAAAGUUAUCUUUGAUAUUGUCCCUCUUCGAAUUAUUCCACCAAUCAUUAUGGGGUCCAUCAUUUAUCCAAUGACUGGAUUGACUGCCGAUGCACCACAUUUCUUUCGAUUCAUUUUGGUUUUGGUUCUAUUCAAUCUUGCAGCAGCCGGUAUUUGUCUAUUUAUCGGAAUUGUCUGUAAAGAUAGUGGGGUUGCAAAUCUGAUUGGAAGUUUGGUCAUGCUCUUCAGCUUGUUGUUUGCCGGUCUACUUCUCAACCACAAUGCCAUUCCAGAAUCGGCUCUUUUCCUACAGUCACUGUCGAUCUUCCAUUAUGGAUUUGAAUCAUUGAUUGUAAAUGAAGUUGCGAUGUUGACUCUGGUUGACAAGAAAUACGGACUCGACAUUACCAUUCCAGGAGCUGCAAUCUUGAGUUCCUUUGGAUUCGACAAUGGAGCCCUUUGGAACGAUGUCACUAGCUUGGGAAUAUUCGCUGCUAGCUUCAUCGUUUUGGCGUACAUUGCGAUGCAUGUUUUAUUGGUAGAGAAGAGAUAGAAUAUGGAACGUGGGUGUAAUGUACGUAUGUACAGGGCUUUUAUUUCUUUUUCUUUUGUUGAUAUCGAGUUGCAUAUUUGGGGGGAUAUUGAGGCGUUUUGGGAAAUAUAUCAUGGUAUUCAAAUUCCUUUUUUUUGUCUUGAUUGGGGUGAGAGAUAUAGAUGG